UCCUGGGUCAGAGGCAGAUGCUCAACUGCUGAGCCACACCUGCUGGGCCCUGUCACCAGCUUUAAACAAGCAUUUGUGAGAAGGAGCUUGUGAGUACUGUGCCUACGUGGAUGAACGCAGCCGGCCUGGCGCUGCCUCCCAACCCAAGGCUCGGAUGGAAAACUCCUAUCAGCUGGGUCCUACCACACCCUUUCCUGUGGUCACUGUCAGUCACAUUCUGAAAGAUGUGUUAACUGGCUAUCUGCAAGAAGAACGAUAUGAGCCGGAGCUCUGUCGACAGAUGACUAAGACAAUUUCUGAGGUUAUUAAAGCCCAGGUCAAGGCCUUGGCGAUUCCGAGGUACAAGCUAAUUGUGACUGUUCACAUUGGACAGCGGGACGGUCAGAGCAUACUUAUUGGAAGUAGAUGCCUCUGGAACCCUAAAAGUGAUAACUUUGCAUCUUAUGUUUUUAGAAACUCUUCUCUCUUUGCUCUUGCAAACGUCUAUGCCGUUUACUUUGAGUGACUGAAAAGAAGAAAUCUAGUAUUACUUUUUUUUAAAUCAAGAAAUAGGCUGUAUCUAAGUACACAAAUUUUUACUGAACUAAAAGUUUGAGAAGAAAAUAUUAAUACUUCAAGCAACUGGAAGAUUUUGGACUUUUUUUAUACUCUUAAAGGUUGGGGGAAGGGAAGGUGGCACAGGAAAGAAUCUUGUUUAGCUUAAGAAGGAACGAAGUCUUGGUCCUGUUGGAUUUUUUUCAUAGUCAUAGGUUCUUAUUAAAUAUUACUUUGGGUACUAAUUAUUUUAAUUAGUCUUCAGUUAAAGAGUUAGAAUUUUCUGCAUUGUUGUUAAUUGAAGAGAAGUUGUUUUUUUUUUUUUUUAAAAAAAACACACAUAUGGCUACAAACCCUGGCCCAUAAAUGACAGUAGAAUAUUCAACAUGGUAUACACAACUGAUAGACCUUAGUAUGCCUCAGUGCUGCGUAUAAAAGAAUACUGGCUUUCAUCUUCUACUUAAUAAAUUGAGCAGCAUUCAUUAACUGCAAUUACUGUUACAUGUACCUGACAGUUGAAACUGCUGAGGUAGAAUUAAUGAUUUCAUAACAAUUACCGUGGUCCCGUGGGGCCGCUAGCUAAAACUAGAAGCUCUUGCGGGUUGCCUGCACUUUACAGAAUUGUGGGAGAACUGAAUGUUGGCUCUUCAAUAAUGGAAACUAUAAAGUGAACAAAGCCUUUUUAGGGCACCGAAGUAAUCGUUGUGAUAUUAAAUAUACAUGAUGCCUAAGAGUAAAUGUAUUUGUAACACAUAAAAUCAUGGAUUCGAAAGAGACACUGCUUUUAAGUGGACACUGCCCAAUGUGCCUUUGAAUAGAUUUUCUGAGGCUAACAAACUUUCCCACAAAAUAUAUAGCUGGCAGCUUAACACAUAAGACAUGUGUAUUUACUAUUUUGUCCCUAUGAAUUUAGUGCUGAAGUGAUCCAGUGUGGUUUUGAAUGGAUGGCACUAAAAUUUACAGGGCUGAAAUAGUUUAUUAUUCUGCUGGUUAAUGUAGCUUGUACUCAUGGAUCAUUUAUUUUUAUGGAGCUUUCAGCCCUUUGUGUGCAUGUAAAAUGAUGCUGGGGCAUUGUUCUUGGAUGGUAAGUGGACUGCCUAGAGGACAUUUGUUAGAGGUCAAAGACAAAUUGUACACAUAUGGAAAAAAUUAGCAACACCGUAGUCCUAAGGAAAAAAUGAUGUGUAAUUCAUACCAAAAAGAAUUUAGGAAGUGGGAAAACAGUCAGUGGGUUAUAGUUUUAAAAUGUAUCGAUGUCUCAUUUUUCCCCCCAAAUGACAUGUAGUAAAAACACAUAUACUUUUAAAAUCUCUUUCCUUCUGCUUGCUCUGGCUUUUAGGGUAGCUUUUCAAAAUGAAUUAGCUGGUGUUUGUUAUUUUUUUCUGUUAGUGCCUUGGUGGGAAUAUGUCCGUGUAAUAAUUUAUCACAACCAAUACUUGUCAAUCUCCAUAGGCCAGUUUGGGAUCUGGAUUAAAUCAUAAAUACAGUAAGUUCAUGAGCUUCCUAUUUUCAUUGCACAUUUGUGAACAUCUCCUCUCUUGGGACGACAGCAGGGACAAUCAUAGAGCGAUUUUGUGUGAUUAAAUAAGAAUAAAGAAAAUUCUUUAGUAUGUGGAAAGUCCAUUGUAAAAAUGGCUUUUUUUUAGUUCUAACAUCUUAUCCAUGAGAUUGUCUUACCAUCUGUCCCAGCUGUGUUAGGAAUCAAACCUUAAAACAUGAUGGCUGUUAAAAAGCAAAGAGGAAGCAGUCUGCCUGUCUAUGGCCAUGUACUGUAUGUAAUCCAGAGAGUCGAUGAUGAAUUUUAGCAACUAUCUAGCAGAAGAAUAUACAGUGAAAAGCCACUCGUUGUGACGAACUUGGAAGAAUGCUGGUUGUCCCAAAAGGCCUUGGAUGGGUGUGUCAGCUAAGCCAUGGUGGUAAGCACAUGGCAGUAUACAAUAUUAUAUAAAUGUAUCGAAUCGACGUGCUACACCUUGAACUUACACACUAUUAUGUCAAUUACAUAUUAAUUAAAAAAAUUAAACAUUAAGAAAAAAGAAA